AUGUUCGUAAAAGAUGUUGAAUUAAACAAGUUUCAAGUUAUAAAUGUGGAUUAUGAUGAUGUUGAUGAUUUUGAAGAUUCAACAGCAACACGAUUGUCGUGUUUUGCUCAUUCUCUUCAACUUUGUGUGCGCGAUGGUUUAAAAAAUGCAUCAUAUACAUCGCGAGUUCUUGGUAAAUGUCAAUCACUCGCAAAAAGUUCGCACAAGUCAUCCAAAAUAGCUGAUUUACUCGAAGAAAUCGAUAAACAUAUCAACAAAAUGAAUAUUACCAGAUGGAAUAGUGAAUAUUUGCUCAUCAAAUCUAUUUUAUCUAUUGAAAAAGACGAUUUGGAAUCAAUUGCAAAAUUAAUGGAAAAUCCUGUUAAAUUUUCGACCAAUGAUCUUAUAAUUUUGCAAGAAAUUGUUGAUAUAUGA